AUGUCUCAGGUGCCUGCUGACCUCCUGUCAACCACCAGCUCCUACAACUAUGAGCCGCCCCUUCCCUCCGUGGCUCGGGCGAGUGCUCUCACCCAGGUACCUCCAGCCAAAAAAAUAACCUUCUUCAAGAGUGGAGACCCUCAGUUUGCAGGAGUCAAGAUGGCCAUCAACCAGCGGAGCUUCAAGAGCUUCAAUGCUCUCAUGGAUGACCUCUCCCAUCGGGUCCCUCUGCCGUUUGGGGUGCGGACCAUCACCACCCCACGAGGAAUACACUGCAUCAGUGAGCUGGACCAGCUGGAGGAUGGAGGGUGCUACCUGUGCUCCGACAAGAAAUACGUGAAGCCCAUCGGCAUCACUCCCGGGGGACACAGGCCAGCCCCUCCACGACACGCUCGGCCCUCCAGUACCAUGAGAAGAGCAGCUCAGGAGAGCAAGCUGGAAGAUUAUUCCACACCCUUCACUCACCAUGGCCCCAGAAUACCCAAGAAAAUCACUCUAGUUAAGAAUGGGGAAAGUGGGUUUCGGCGCUCAAUUAUCCUGAACCGCAGGAACGCCCGGAGUUUCAAAACCCUCCUGGAUGAGAUUACGGAGAUCCUGCAGUUCCCAGUGAAGAAACUCUACACCCUUGAUGGGAAGAAGAUUGACAGUAUGCAGGCCCUGCUCCACUGCCCCAACGUGCUGGUGUGUGUCGGCCGGGAGCCCUUUAAACCUGUGUCCAUGGAGAAUCUGAGGAAACACUCGGUGGAGAAGCUGCCCAACCUGCCUCCCCGUUCCAACGGCAACAAUGUCAACGAGAACAAUGAAAGUAAGCAAAGCUCUGGGUUGAACUUCGGACUGAAAGCCAAAAAAAGCGUUAUCCAUCCGCGGUCGUCAUCAAGCAACAGGUCCAUGAGAUUUUCUUUGUCAUCGGAAAAGUCGUAUCCUAACGGUCUCGCUGCCUCACCGGAUAAUGGAGCACCUUUCUCCAACGGUUGCUCCCACCCCAAGGCUGGGGAGCUGGUCCAGUCCCUGGUCAACGACGACAUAGAGAAGCGGGUGCAUGUGAACAAGGAUGGGAGCUUGUCUGUUGAGAUGAAGGUCCGCUUCCGCCUGCUGAAUGAUGAGACCUUGCAGUGGUCCACCCAGAUCAAGAAGUCCAACCUGCUGAACCGGCUGCCUUGUGAGGAGUCAGGAGCAGAGGAGGACAGUGGAGUGGACCCCCUACAGAAAAUGAACCCAGAAGUCAGCUCAGAGGCGGAUGACUCGUUGUAUCCCUGUGAGAUCGAUUCCUAUAUGUCAAAACUUGAGGAAUCCGAGUGUGACGAGGCUCACUGUCACAGCUGUGGGAAGAAGCACCAGGACUAUGACAUUUGGAAGAACCCCAUGCACACAUCCCAGAGGGAAGAGCCCAGCGUACGGAGCACGUGGCGCACGCGGUCGUCAUGCUCCAGCACGUCCUCCCGGAGGAGAGUCGUCCACAAAAAAAUUACUUCCGUGGACAGCCUCCACACCACAUCCAGUGAGGAAUUCUCUGAGCACAUUGUGAGAGAGUCCUCGUCCUACUCAGAGACUAUAGAGAACAGAGUGGCGUAUCGAUCCGUCAAAAAGUGCAGGUGCCGAAGUGAUUUGUCUACAGGUGCUUCCAUUGGAGAAGAUCAGCAAGGAGACACUCGGGCAAGCACAGGGAAUGGCCAGAGACCUUCAUCCGUGGGCUUAAUGUCACAUUCCAGCUGUGAAAACAACCUGGAUACUCAAGACUCCCCCGAAGACCAUGAGAUCAGCAAAACCAUUUCACAAAAUGAAGAGGAAAACUGUUUCGAAGCUUCCUCUGUGAAGGGCUUAAAGGAUGACGUGGAAGAGGUUGAAAGCAGCAGAGUUGGGAGUGUCAUGUCAAAGUCAUCCCUGCAGUCCAAACGGAGCAAGAAUAAUGUCUGUGAGGAAACCAGCAGUGUGGGUAGGAGCAUGUCCUCCUCCUCAAGCCUUCAGAAGGCAAAUCAAGCAGAGAACUCUCGGAGCUCCACCCCUGCCAACAGUGUGCACAGCAAGUCCAGCAACUGUACCACCCAAAAAGCAAAGAGCGAGCAGGAUGACCAGUCUGAUGAAAAUCCAGUGGUCUCCUCCUUGUCCAGUGAGUCCUGCCCUAAGAAAGAGGCUGAAGAGGCAGAAGAGGAAAGUGAAGUCAGAGAAGUCAGCUCAGUGUCAGCAAAAACAAAGCCCAGCCAAUCAAUUAAGGAUGAGAGCAGUGAGGGGGAACGAUGCUCUACACAAGGAAGCCACUCCAGAGCUACUGACAGGAACAGCAAGAAAAGUGACAGUGAUGAGAACGUUGCAUGCAACAUCUCUUGCUCUUCCACAGGAUCCAAAAAGAGCAAACGCAGCCACAUUCAUUUGGACGCACGGUCUGAAAUGUCUGUGUCUUCACUUGGAUCCUCUCCAAAUAAAAAGAAGAAUUCCCUACAUGCAGAUGAUGCAAGAUCGUGCAGCAGAGCAUCCAAUUACUCCAAAAGCUCAUGUGAAACCAAGAAAAAAUCUGUUGGAGAUGCCAUGUCUCAAAAGUCAGGAUCUCUUCAGUCAAACAUUUCAUCUACUAGUGUAGCAGAAGCAACUGCAGGUCCUGCUGAGGAGAAAAGCUCUAAAAGUACCACCAGUCGCUACAGUGAAUCCUCAAAAGGCUCAAAGAAGAGAAGCCAUAGAGAAGACAAUAGUAAACCAUCAUCCCUCUGCUCAAAAUCUUCAAGUCCUAAUGGAAAAGCUGGAGAGGGUCAUGCCAAAGUUAGUUCAGAGCUCUCUUCUUCCAGACAGGGAAGUAUGAGUGGGAGUGUGUGUUCCAAAGCUGACCACGCAACUGAGAAUGAGAUUAGGAAUGGAAAGCCUACAAGUAGCUCCUCAAGAGUCUCUUCAAAAUCAGAAGUAAAAGAUAAAUUCUUGUUGGCACAGGUAUCCCAGGAGACGGAUGAGAGGCGUUCACAGUCAAACAUGUCUCAAUCUUCAAAGUCAAGGCAGACAAAAAACAACAAUCUUCGGGUGAAGAUGUCAAACUCCAGCCGGGCAUCACUGUCUGAGAGCACGUCGGUGCACAGCCUGCACUGCCCUGCCCCACCCAAAGGGAAGCCAAAGAGGAAAAACAUGCGUCCAGCCAUAUUGAAGAAUUCCUCCGUUAGCAGUGUAGGCACCAAGUCGGUGCUGAGCACAGGAAAAGAGCAGAAAGAAAUUGUAGAUUCCUCCAAAGAGACUUCCUAUGGGUCUAGGUCAGCAGCACCCGAAGUAAACGAUCAGAAUAAUAAAGAGACAGAUGAUUCUUGCAAAAAAAAAGCAGAGGAAGCAUCAGAAGACACGGGUGUGCAGGAGGAAGGGAGUGAUUUAAUGCCAUCUGCUCUGCCAAAUACGUCUCCAGAAGAAGUUGUGCAAGAGUGGCUCAGAAAAAUCCCUUCAGAAACGUUGCUUGUGAAAUAUGAAAUGGAGGAUGAUGUGGAAGAGGAAGGUACAGAGACAGUUACCGAGGUGUCACACUGUACACACGCCGAGGAAGCUCCAGAGGAUGAAAAAGCUGAGGAAAAGAAUGAGGAGGAGGCUGAAAAUGAAGCAAAGGUUGAAGUGGAAGGAGAGACAGCAGAAGACACAGCAAUUAAUGAAGAGGUUGAAGAAUGUGUGAACCAGGAAGAAGUCUGUGAGGUUGCAACUGAGGCUGCCAAAGCUGAGCAGGCAGAAAGCAACCAGUCAGUUACCUCCAGCCAAAAUAACAACAGGAGAGACCUGCCCACCUCUGUCCAGACUUCCGUCCAGAUCAUGAAGGCCUUGCUCAGUUCAAAACACGAGACCAAAUUCGACCGAUCGAACAGUUUGCCCGAAGUGUCCCCCACCAUGGGGAGAAAACUCAGCAACUCCGCCAACAUUUUGAUUACUUGUCUUGCCAGUCUCCAACUCCUUGAUGAAGAGUCAGAAGACCCAUCAGACAACUCAAAAGCUUUGAAUAAGUCAAGGUAUACAGAGCUGCUGAAUAUUUUUCAAGCCCUGUGGUUGGGAUGCACAGCUGAAAGGAGUGGUCCAAGCUCAGGUCAAGAGGCCAGCGAGCAGGCAAAGCCAGACCUGGGGUUUAAAGGCCCAAAAUCUAUGGAUCACGCCUUCACUCACAUGUCUUCCUCUGGGGUUGAUGUCUGCAGUGGUUCUGGUGGCUCGGGAGAAGAAUGUACAGCUGGUGCCACUUUGGUGGCACAGAAAACUGCUGAAUUCAAAUCAGCCGAAGUGGAAAAUACAGAGACUGGCACAGAAGUGACUGAGGCUGAGGAGCAAAGUAAAGAGGGAGCGCAGCCAUCCCGCCCUUCAACAGCCUGCUCAGACUCACACAGAGAGGAAAAAGCACAGUCUGCUAAAGAGGAAUCUCUAAUUCAGGAGGAAGAAGAGAAGGAGGAGGAUCAGUGCCAUACCUGUGAACAUGGUCAGGAGGAAGGGGGAGAAAAUGAAAAUGAAGAAACCAGCAAACUAGUUGAAACUGGAGAACAAGAAGAAGCUGGAGCUGUGAAUGAUGAACUCCCACAAGAAAAUCUGGAAGCCACCACUGAUGAUACAAAUGUCAACAAUGCUGAUGCUGAGAUGGAGAUAAAAGCUGAUUUGGAAGGGCAUCUUGAAAAAGAGUCACCAAGUGACCCAGAGCCCAAAGUCAGUACAUCCACCAGUGUGGGCACAUCUGUUGUCCGGCAAAAGUCAGUGGAUCCAGACCCAGUCUGGGUCCUGAGGCUGCUCAAAAAAAUCGAGAAGGAGUUCAUGGCUCACUAUGUCAAUGCCAUGAAUGAGUUAAAAGUUAGGUGGAACCUGCAGGAUAACCAGCAGAUGGAUGAAAUGAUACAGGAGCUGAAGGAAGAAGUGAGUAAAAGGAUACAAAAAAGCAUAGAGAAGGAGUUGAGGAAGAUCAGAAGCAGAGUUGGGACAAGGGUGCCAAGACCUCCAGAUGAGCCACUCACACUGGAGUCAAAACUCCAGACAGAGCAGAGGAGGUGGAGAUUGCAAACUAUGCACAAAAAGUCACUCUUUGGUGGCAAGAACGGCAACCAGAGCAGGCUGGAGGAGACAAUAGACUUAUCCCUCGAUGUAGAUAAAGACUUAGCACUCAGCGCAGCUUUUGAUGACAGUAUUAGUAAACAAUCAAGCGAGGAGGAAUAUUGUCCAUGUGACUCCUGCGUGAGGAAAAAAAUGGCCUCCAAGCCCCAAAGACUCCCCAUGGUGGCCACCAAUGCCCCAGUCAUGAAAGCAUUUGAUUUGCAGCAAAUCCUGAGGCUGAAGAAAGAUGAUAAGGAGGAAGCCAUUGUUGCAGAAACAGCCCAGGACAUCAAAGGUGAACCCCAGGCAGGUGAAGAAGAAGUGGAGGACAAUGAAGAAAAGGAGCCAGAAGUAAAUGAAUUGAAUGGAGAUGGAGAAGAACCUGAAAUAGCAGAGAGUCAAAAAGGUGAGGGGGAGGAUGAGGUGCAAAAUGAAGAAACCAAAGAAGAUGAAGCAGAAGAAGAAGCUGAAGAGAAGUCCAAAGGUGAAGAUGAAGCUGAAAAUGAAGCUGAAGAAACAGAGGAGCCAGAGGAUGAUGAAGCAGAGACAUCUGAAUGCAGAGGGGAUGCCAAGGGCUCUGGAACUGACAAUAAUCCUGGAGAAGAUGAUGCAGAAGGAAAUGAAGAAGCUGAGCAGGAUGAAGCUGAGGCAGUAGAAGAUGCAAAACCAGAGUCAGAAGGUGAGGCUGAGGAGGAAAACAGUGAGAAACAUGAUGAGAAUGAGGAGGAACCUGCCAAUGAUGACCCUGACAAGGCACAUGAAAAACACGAAGGCAAAAUCAACAGCAAGGUUUCUCAGAAAGUCUCAAGGGCCAAAGGCAAGAAAAAUAGCAAAAAGCUGGAGAGUCUGAAAACAUCCACCGCCUUUUCUUAUUAUUCUUCUGUAGGAAACUUCUCGCAGCAGUCCCAGAAGGGGUCUGAAGAUAAAGAUGAUGGAGAAGACGAAGAGGAAGGCAAAGAUGACCACAACCCUGGGAGUGACCCCCCCAAUGGAGAGAUUCGAAGUGAUGAGAGCUCCAAACCCUCACAGAUGUAUCCUGAGAGCGAGGAAGAGGAAGAAGAUGAGGACAAAGAUUCUUCAGGCACUGACGCUGCGGGAGAUGAGGACGCGGCAGACGCUGAAGGUGCAGAUCCAAAGGAGGCUGAAAAUACUGAUGGAGUUCAGGCUUCUAAAAAGAAAGAAAACUCUGAUAAUAUUGACCAGGAAGACUUGGACUUCUAG